AUGGCAGCGCCAAGCAACGCAGAGCAAACGCAGUUGCAAGACAUGGAGGAGGAAGAAGCAGGGAUGGAGGAGAGAGAGAUGGAAUCGGACGAAGACGAGGAGGAAGGCAUGGGUGUUGAAAAUUCAGACGACGAAGAUGACGAUUCGUCAGAGGAUGAGAAAGAAAAUGAAGCCGAGAUCCAACGGUUGGAGGAGCAGCUGUCCAUCAAUGCCUUUGACUACAACUGCCACGUGGAUCUUAUCAAGCUUCUUAAACAGGAGGGAGAACUUAUCCGUCUGAGAAAGGCCAGGCAGAAGAUGAGCGAGCUUUUCCCUCUUACUGAAGAGAUCUGGUUGGACUGGCUCAAGGAUGAAAUCCGCCUGACUGAGGAAGAGUCCAACAGAGAGAAAGUGUAUGACCUCUUUGAAAGAGCUGUUAAAGACUACAUCUGUAAGUUUACCCUCCCUUUGCCCCUUCCUGAGAUCCUCGGCUAUCCCAGCCUGUCAACCUUUAACUCUGUGGCCCUUUUGUCUUUUGCAGGUCCUGAGAUCUGGCUUGAAUAUGCCCAGUACUCAAUUGGUGGCAUGGGCCUGCCAGGUGGGAUAGAUAAGGUGAGAGCUAUCUUUGAGAGAGCCGUCACAGCUGUGGGGCUUCAUGUGACCAAGGGGCAGACGGUGUGGGAGGCUUACAGAGAGUUUGAGAACGCCAUCCUGUCCACAGUGCAGCCUCCCCCUGGGAGGAUUCCCAGUCGUGAGGAGCAGGAGCUGCUAAACACUCAGCUAGAGCGCAUCCACACACUGUUUCGCCGCCAGCUGGCCGUUCCCUUAAUGGACAUGGGAGCCACCUAUGCAGAGUACGAGGAGUGGGCAGAGCACGGCGUGCCAGAGACCGCCGUGCACCAGUACAAAAAAGCUCUGCAGCAGAUGGAGAAGCGCAAACCUUUUGAGGAGGCACUGCUGGUAGCGGAUUCCCCCAGGCUGGCAGAAUAUCAGACCUACAUCGACUUUGAACUAAAGGAGGGCGACCCGGCACGCAUCCAGAUAACCUUUGAGCGGACUAUGGCAGAGAACUGCCUGGUACCAGACAUGUGGGCCAAAUACACCACCUACCUGGACCGUCAGUUGAAGAUCAAAGACUUGGUGCUGUCCACGCACGAGCGCGCCGUCAGGAACUGCCCCUGGACCAUGGGGCUGUGGAAGAGCUACCUGCUGGCCCUGGAGAGGCACGGCGCCGAGCACCCCACCGUGUCAGGUACGGGCGCCGUGUGGCGGGCUGCCAGGUGCUGCGGAGGGCACCACGUAGAGGGCUGCUGCAUCAUUCUGCUCCUCCACACAGAUGUGUUCGAGAAGGCCCUGACUGCUGGCUUCAUUCAAGCCACAGAUUACGUGGAAAUAUGGCAGGCAUACCUGGACUACCUGAGACGACGUGUGGACUUCAGCAAAGAAUCAAGUAAAGAGCUGGAGGAGCUGCGAGGGGCCUUUUCUCGCUCUCUAGACUACAUUAAACAAGAUGUUGAAGAACGGUUCGGUGAGAGUGGAGAUCCAUCUUGUGCCAUCAUGCAGAUUUGGGCAAAGAUAGAGGCUUCCCACUGCAAAAACAUGCAAAAAGCCAGAGAGCUGUGGGACAACAUCAUGACCAAAGGCAACGCCAAAUAUGCCAACAUGUGGCUUGAGUACUACAACCUUGAAAGGUCUCACGGGGACUCCGUGCACUGCCGGAAGGCCCUCCACAGAGCGGUGCAGUGCACGUCAGACUACCCAGAGCAUGUGUGCGAAGUGCUGCUCACCUUCGAGAGGGUGGAAGGCUCCUUAGAGGACUGGGACGUGGCGGUGCAGAAGACGGAGACGCGGCUCAACAGAGUCAACGAUCAAAGAGCAAAGGCGGCUGAGAAGGAGGCCAACCAGGCCCGCCAAGAGGAGGACAGAGUAGAGCAGCGGCGGAGGGGCAAAGCAGACAAGAAAGCGCAUAAGAAGGUCCAGAAAGGAGGUCGGCCUGGGGAGAAGAGGAAAGCGGAGCAGGACGAUUACCGGGACGAAUGGAACGAGGAUUCUGAACAAGCUUCUAAGAGGCACAGAGGAAACGGGGACAGUGCUGCGGACGACUACAUGGAGACGGAGACGGGGCUCAUAGGCAGGACGGCCCCCCCUGGAUAUAAGGCCACCAAAAGAGCAGCGGCGCCUGCCCCGGCGAACAACGACGACAAGCCGGAGCUCCGAGACGACAACACCAGCGUGUUCAUCAGCAACCUGGCCUACACGCUGGAGGAGCCCGAGGCCAAGCUCAGGACCCUGUUCGAGACCUGCGGGCCCAUCAAGCAGAUCCGGCCCGUGUUCGGCACCAAGGGAGGCUUCAAAGGCUACGGCUACGUCCAGUUUGAGGCCCCCCUGUCCGUCCCCGAGGCCCUGAAGCUGGACAGACGGGAGGUGGAGGGCAGGCCCAUGUUUGUGUCGCCGUGUGUGGACAAAAACAAGAAUCCCGACUUCAAGGUGUUUAAGUACAACACUGCGAUGGAGAAACACAAAAUCUUCCUGUCCGGCCUGCCGUUCUCGUGCACCAAAGAACAGCUGGAGGAGCUCUGCAAAGGCCACGGCACCAUCAGAGAAGUGCGCCUGGUCACGUACCGCUCAGGGAAACCCAAGGUAACGCGUCCAGAUGUUGGACUGGAUCCUGAGAGGCGAGGCCCCGCCACAGCACGCGUAACCCCUCUGCUCUGUGUGCUCCUGCAGGGCCUGGCGUAUGUGGAGUUUUCCGAUGAAAACCAGGCUUCUCAGGCGGUCCUGAAAAUGGACGGCAUGGAGGUGGAAGGCAACAAAAUUUCUGUCGCCAUAAGCAACCCUCCCCGCCGAAUGGACAAAGCCGGUUCCAGCCGGGCCGCGGCGGACCUGAUGCCCCGUCACGCCUACGGGUCGAGGGGCAGGGGGCGCACCCAGCUCUCCCUACUCCCUCGCUCCCUGCACCGUCAAACGCCGCCUGCCGGCAAGGUGGAGAACGGGACGCCGGCCGGCACGGCCGCCAGCGCCGAGUCCAGGCCGCUGUCCAAUUCAGACUUUGCCAGGAUGCUUCUCAACAAGUGA